UAAUUUUCCACACCAUCCCUACAAUGCAUUUCGACGUUUCCAAACAUUUCCAUUUUGACAUUUUUUGUACUGUACUGCCUUUUUUUUGACAAAUAAACAUUAAUGGCUGCCAAUCUCGAAUGAAGAAGCAGCAUCAGUGAAUUUUUCGCUCCAAUUUGCAAAAACUUUUGAGAAAAUUGUUUUCCAAAAUCGAGUGUGUGUUUAAAAACAAUUUGCAAAAACGCAGCGUGGAUAAUAUUCGUGCAGGAUGUGGCCGCAAGCGUUGCAAAUGACUAGAGACGAGUGUCGGGGCAUGUUGAGAAGACUUGAGCUGGAAUCAUAUUCGCAUGUGAUUAGUGUGUUUCGCGCUCAGGGUGGCCUCAGCGAAAACAAGGCCAAACUUCUUGAGGAGUUGCGUGGCAUAUUUCACAUCUCGCAAGAGCGUCAUCGUGCUGAAGCUCGUCGUGUUGCAAACGAUGAACAAUUGUGUACCAUUGCAGAAGCAAUUUCUGGUCCAAACACAUGGCAGGAAUGGUCGCGAGAAGGACGUCGUUCGUAUCCGAUGUUGCCGCGUGUGGCGCCACAAACAGCGCUCGCCUUAAUUGCUAAUAAUGUGGCCGCAGAGACAUCUUCUGAAAAUGCUAAACUACCUUAUCCUACUGAUACGGCAGCUGCUGCUGCUGCUGAAAAUGCCAAUACCGCAAAUGCAAUUGCUGAGCGCGAUGGUGUGGAGGCUUGGGAAACAAAACGAGAAGUCUAUGUGGUCACUGAUGAUCCUUUCAAAAUGCCAGAUAUUCCAUCCGGCAAUAAGAAAAACCUGAAGCGUAACAUAUCCGACUGCCACACUGGCAGCAACAAGAAACGCAUCGUUAGCGAUUCUUCGCCCAGUAAACAGCAGCAUCAAAAGCAAUUCCAUCACAUAACAGCAAAUAGUUCUCAGCCAACUUCACCCAGCAGCGGCGCAAGCAAUAUUCGCAAAUUAUAUCACAACCAUAACAGCAAAUCCCCACAGCAUCGUUUGAAUCAACCACAAAUGCCAAAACAAAAACUGGCAACGAAAAAAUUCCCCGUGGCAGCCGGACAAAAUGUUUCAUUGCCUGUAACGCCUGGGAAGCGUCAGGCGACACCAGCUAAAAGUGGCCGAAAAUCGAACUCUAAAAUGCAAGAACAAAAACAACAACAGCAAAUACUGCAACAACAACAACAUCAACAUUUGCUGCCGCAAACAGCCAUUCGCAAUAUUUCACAUGUGGUAGGUGAGGGCGCAGAUGAGUUGAAUAACGAACAGAAUUACGCACAGCCACAAAUUGCUGCUUCGAAGAAGGAUAUAACCAAGAAUCUGACAAAAUUACAAUUGCCAAAUGUUAUUACUUCCCCUGUAUUGUCGGCGGGGCCGGCGAGCGCAGUUUCACCAACCGUGAUAGCGCCAACAACAGCGUCCGGCACACCAUUAUCUAUGAAUGCUAGCGCUACACGUAUUGAUGCUCAUCACAUGACUGCUGCCACAUCACCACCUGUGGGCAGCGGUGGUAGCGCAGCAAUUACUAUUCCAACAAUGGUGCAUAGCAGAGGAGAGAAGCAACUUAUUUCAACACCUGUGCAAAAGAUUAUACUUGAAGAUCGUCUGCCACCACAACAACCACCAAGUUUGAUAGGCUCCUCAUCAGCAGCAGCAGCAUCAGUUGCGUCCGGGGUUGUAGUAUCAACAGCGUCCACAUUACCAAUGCAAUCGAUAUCCGCACCGCAGAUAAUGACAUUGCCGCAAAUAUCAGCCGCUGCAACGAAAUUGCGUGCAGUCAAUACAACUAUUAUACCACCCGGCACCAAGCUUCCCACAAAAAAGUUUACAAAUUCUACAUUUAUCAGUGCUACUGGUAUAGGUACGCAUGGCAAUGAGGGCAACACGACAUCCGCCGGACAGGUGUUUAGCAUAAUUGAAGGCAAUAAUAAUCCGACUAAUUCACAAACUUUGCCUGCUGUGCCGACGCAUACGCCUCCGGCAGUCAUACAAAUUCAAAGCACAAAUAGCGCAAGCAUAGCCCACGAGGGUACUGCAACAGCAACAGCAACAUCGACACCUACACCGGCACAAGGUAAAGUGUUGACCACAAAAAUAUUGCCAGUUGUGCUUAGUGGUGCCGGUACUGUGGUGGCAGGUGGUGGUGGUGCUAACGCUGGUGGCAGCGUAAGCGUCGGCGGCAAUACCGUCAAUAUUACGAAAAUUGAAACGCUCAAUAAUGGCGCCACGCUUGUAAGUGCCGGCAGCGGAAGUGGUCCGAAUGUUUCGUUGAAAAAUAUGGGCUCAACACUACUGCUCUCACCCAAUCAAAGCAGUGGCACUGCUGGCAGUACACUGUUCUCAUCACUAACUUCGGGUGCUCCGAUCUUCCGCAAAUCACAGUUUAUCAAAGCGGGCACAAUUGGCGUGAACACUAGCAGCGUCGGAAAGCUUUCUGGCACCUUUACUACUUCCAAUUCUGGUCCCCAAAUCAUAAGCAACAUCAAGUUGGCACCAGCAAAUGCCACUACAAGUGCUACUUCCAUCAGCAGUUCGGGUCUACAGCAGCAACAAUUGACAACAACAUCACCUUUCUUACAACAUCAACUAAAGAAUAUAUCAACGACUGGCAUACGAACCCCCGUAAAAAUAUGCCAUUCAUCAAAUGGAAAAGUGUUCAUACAACCUGCCACUUUGGAUGCGGCUUCCAAAGGCAAAUUACAAAGCGCUGUUUCACAUAAACUCUUAUCCAACGCAGUUGUGGGCACUAGCAACACAGGUGCAGGCACGUCAGCGACAAAUCAACCACAGCGUAUUGCUAUACAGAAAGUGCAAAUCAUACCGGCACCACUGAAUUCGCCUGGCAAUUUAACUGGUUCUUUCCACACGGCCCACACGCAAUCAAUCGCAACAACAAGUACUCUUACCUUUAGUGGCAAUAAAGGCAAUAUGAUAUUUGUGCCAUCGGCUGGUGGACGCCCAACAUCAGGCACCUUAACGUUGUCGAAAAGUGCGAGUGUUGGUAGUGGUAUUGUUGCUAGCAAAGUGCAGCCAACCACCCAGAACUCAGAUGCAGGGAAACCAAAUGUAGUAAUAAUUGGUUCGUCGCCAGCACAAUUAAGCUCAAGUACUUCAAAUAAGACAAAAACUUUCAUUGAAGCUGCCAACAAGUUGAAUGUAGCCUCAUCGGUGUCUGCCGGCAAUGCCAGUGCAAUACAAUUGGAACACAAUCAAAUGAUUACCGAAGAUACUCCAGUUGAUAUUCUUAAUAUGCCAAUUAUAGUUGAUAGUGGCGAUGGUACCAAUAUCACAAUGGGCAAUAAUAUCGGCGAUACAGUUACGGUAUUGCCAACAUCGCUCGUCGAGAGUGCACAGCAACAGCAACCGUCCACAAUAAUUUUGGGUGCUACCGAUUGGGAAAUGGAAUUGGAUCAGGCAACUGCAGUUGCAGCAGCAACAAAAGCAGCCUCAAAACGCUCAGAACAUCAUCGGCGGUCAAGUAGCCCUACUGGCAAACAGCAUAGUUCACAAAAGCAACAGCAAAUGCAUGACAAUGAAUCGAUUGAUGGUGAAACCAUUAUUAUCGAUGAUAGUUUCGAGGAUGUUAUUGUAGAAGAGCAGGAGGAUGGUGAUACUGAUGCUGGUACUGAGACCGAAGGCACAAUCGACGACGGUGAAAUAGACGAAGGAGAAACAGGCGAGGAUACAGCCGGCGAAGAGGGUCAAGAAAUGACCGAAAAAGCAUACACAAUCUUUAGUGGCACUGAAAGUGAAAGUGAAGUGUUAACAACAACAAAACCAAGAGACACGGUAAAAUUAAAAGUCGGACGCAUGCAGAAAAUAUAUAACAACACCACUGCCACCGCCACUGUAAUCACAGAUGAUGAUGAACCUAUAGAAGUGAUUGACGAUGAUGAAGACGACCAUGAAGCGACUGUGGUUGGCAGACAGAAAAAGUACACCAAAAGUACACAGCAGGAAAGUGAAAAGGGGCAGAGAAUAAUGAAAGUAGCAAAUGCAAACAACGAAAGCAGAAAUAAUAAUUCGGCUAAUGCUGAAUGUGACACAGAUGCAGGAUUUGACGAGACAAUUGUUGCCGACAUUGAUGAAAACACCGCUGUCGAAUAUAUCGAAGACGAUAAUACAUACGCAACGCAUAAACAUGAAAAAAGUAGGGUUAACGUUUUAGAUGUCACGCGCCCAACUACCACAAAGGUGCAACUGGUGAAGGAGAGUGAAGUAAUCUUGCUCGACGAAAAUGAUGGCACAGCGCCAACAGCAACAACAACGCUUGCCACAGCAACUGUAACAGCAACAGACGAUGCUGCCGUAGAAGAAGAAAUCGUAGUCGAGUCUGAAGACACGGCGAAGGUGCUUAGCGGUAGUGGUGCCUCGACUACGUUAAAUGUUGCUCCGUCAAAAUCAGCAGCAGUCGCUACUAGCAGUGGCAGUGACACGUCGUCGGGCAUACAAUAGAUAAACUAAGCUACAAUUAACUGCAAGUGGCAUGCCUAGGUACUGACGCAUAUUUUUUUACGGACUUCUUGAUUUUAAAUACACAUAUAGCAAUAGAAAGAAAUGGUAGUGAGAAAGUGUGUGGCGCAGGCAAAGGGUAAUAGUUAAACAAGUAACAAAUUUAAACAGGUAAUUUUGAAACACAUUUUGGAAAAUAAAUGUAGCAUUAGUGCACUCGUAUGGGAGUGGUUGUGAAAGAAAAACGGUAGUGGUAAAUAGCCACAACAUAGAAUUACAGCUAUGGGUGAAGUAAAGUAAAUAAAGAUUGUUUAAUAAAGGACAGCAGACUUAGUUAAUGUGAAAGCUAUAAAAAAGGGAAAUAAUGCAUUAGCAAGAUAUUUAAAGAAUACUAUUACUAACUCAAGUAGGUUGGAUUAUAGUUUAUAACUUAUUUACAGUUUGAUUGAAAAUAACGUUUUUAAAAUGAUUUGUUUUAAAUAAAUUAUAUUUCUUUUGUAAAAUUAUGUAGUGUAAGUAAUCUAGUGUAAAUUAAGUACUCACAUGUUUUUUUAUGCGCACCCACGACGAAAACCUUAAUACAAUUGAAUUCGUAUAUAGUACUAGUAGAGAUAAGUACCAGUGGGGGAAUAAAACAACUAAGUUUUAUUUUCUAAGAUGUACAUAGUAGUGUUAUGUUUAGGUUGUAGAUGAGCUUCAUAAAUCAUUUGUGAAAUAUUUGGGCAGGAAAAACAACAACAAUGACAUCAGCGGCAGCACAUUUUUCUCGAUGAACGUUGAGUUUAAUGCAGGCGCAGGUUGUAUAUACAUAAAUGUAUUUUGCAUGUAUCCAAGUUUUUCACUGCAUAGUUUUUAAUGAAAGCUUGUAUAAAUAUACUUAUUUUCAAAAGAAAAGUUUAAAAUAAACACAUUCAUACAUACAUUCAUACAUCAUUUGUUCGUAUACUAACAAAACAAAAAUUGUUAAAUUAGUUACUUACGCAUGCACGCACUUGUGUACAUAAAUAUGUCAUAUACAAACACAUGUAUAUACAUACAUACAUGCAUACAUACAUACAUAUGUACAUACAUACAUUAAAAAUUGUUUAAAGCACCGCAAUUCACAGCGAGAUUAUAGGUUAGUAGUUGGGAUUUCUUCCAAUAUUUUUUCUAACGCAUAAAUUACUUUACAACCGACUCGCAAACAAUUUAACGUUUAAUAGAGUUAGUGUAUACGUAUGUAUUUAAGGUUGAGCAACGGCGUGUAAAGUAUAUAUAAAUAAAUGCAAUAAAGCUUGCAGCAGUGAACAGUAGAACAGUUGCACAGGACUUUGUGUUUAGUAAUAAAUGAGAUCAUUUAAAACGUUUUGCUUCUUUUGCUAAUUAGCUUAGUAUAGUAAGCAAUAAGAAUAAUAGAGUAACAAGUUCAAAUUACAAAAUUUUAGUAGCCUAUUAAACAAACACAGUCAUUUUCACUUGGAAACUACCAACGCAAAUUCUCUUUUGAACUUUGAAUUAAAAAAUUUAUAAAUAAUUUGAUUUAAUUACUAGUAUGUAUUUAGCCAUGCCAGCUACGACCAAACUAGUGGAGAGAUUCUGUAACCAGUUAGCGAACAUUUUCGAAUCGCUAUCGUAACUUGCCCCCGCCGUUUGUUAUGAAUGUCAAAAGUUGCGAUCCGAAAAUUGCACUAACUGAUUACAGAAUCUGCCCACCGCUCUUUCUACACAAUAUGCAUCCAAUCAUUUUUCAUACCUAUUUCAGCACAGAAUUUUUCUAACAAUCUAAGAUAAUGCCUGAAUUCAUAAACUUAAAAUUCUUGACUAACUCAACAAAAAAAAUUAAAAAAAAAUACUAUUCUUUAUUUGCGUUCUCAUUUAAAACUAAGCAAUUAGCAGCUAUGAUUUAAAAAGCGCAAAUCACAAAGUAACACAAUUACUAGACUAACGUUCAUAUGUACAGUUAAAUAAUAAUAAAAAAAAGAAAACAGAAAACUAUGUAAAAAAAGGACAAAAA